GCCUGUCAAGGCCAGAUUCACGCAUUCGACUCUCAGGAUCUCAUCGACGUCUACAUCCUAGACGGCCCUGAGACUAUCCUCUACUGUUGUCAAACACAAGGAGAUCUCCCUCCAGACCCUGCGCCAGAGCCUGAGCCUGAGGAGGGUGACAGUGAAGAAGGAGUCUCGGAGUCCGAGUCCGCGGAUCCUGCUCGGCCCGCCUCGCCGACAGCGCUCGCCCCCGCGUCAGCAGUCCCUGACCCACCUCCGCCCCCACAGCGUCCUCCGUCCCCCCCAACGCCGAUAAUGUCGUCCCCUGCCGCCGUCCCCAACAAGGAGAUGUUGAAACUCCUCCUCCCACUCCGAUACGACGGCAAAACCGUCAUUGAGUAUAACCGGUUCCUAUCACAGCUGCGCAUCUACUGGUUGAUCAACACGUCGUUGACAACCAUCGAACUCAAGAGAUGCCCGCGCCUGGGCCACUCCAUACUUUGCCCAACUGGCAUCGGUGCAGAUGGGCGUGCAAGGGGCUACGACCCCAUUCGCAAACGAAGCGGCCUUUGCCCCACCGCCUUCAAGGCCCACUUCGGAAAUCUCGACGACGAGGCGGCAGCACAAGUAGAGCUGGCGAAGCUCUGCACAGACAAGUCGGUCCGUGAAAAAUGCACUGCUGCGGAAUUCUCCACGCUGUUUAAGGGUCCGGCGGACCGCUCUGGGUAUGGGGACCUGGAGCUAUGCGACAAGUACCUGAGCGGCAUCCCCUCCCGCGUGUACCGAAAGAUCGAGCUUGAGACCUUCACCACGUGGCAAGCAGCUGAGAAGCGCGCCACUGAGGUCAAGCAGAUCCUCGACAUCAGCUGGGCCCGUCGGCCCGAGCUGAACAACUUCUUCUCGAUGCGGGGUCGAGGACGCGGAGGGGCACGUGGUGGUGCACCCCAAUCUCACAAAAGGCAACUUCCCCAGCACAUGCUUCGGCUGUGGGAAGCAAGGGUACCGACGCUUCAAGUGCCCCAAUUGUAA